AUGGUUGACCCUGUUGGCGCAGUGCUGGGCGGAGUGUCGCUAGCUAUCCAACUACUCGAUGGCGCUGUGAAAGGUUACAACUUCUUCCUAGCAGUAGGAGAUUUCCCAGCGAGGACUUUGCACCUGCGAACCCGGCUUGAAAUCGAACAGAAGAGUAUUCUAGAUUUCUCAGAAACCGCUGAGAUUCUAGGGAUUUUCCAAGUUGACCAGGAAGAGAACAUCCCACGUGUCUUGCGCAAAAACUAUCUAGUGCUCGGGUCAGUCUUCAAGCAGAUUGAGGCAAAACUUGACAAACUCGCCGAAUUCACCAGCAGAUACAAAGAAAUACGGCAUGGGGAAGUUGAGGACGAUCAGGAGGUCACCGUGGCAGACCUGGACAAGAAGGAGCGAACACCGGUAUUGCUGAAAUGGGAAGGAGCUGCAGAAGAGCGUAAACACAGGCUGGGAACAGAACACAUAGUGAAGUACUACCGUAUUGGGAAGAGUAUCGUCUGCCAUCCUAAGAGACUGCGCUGGACUGGAGUUGAUGAGAAGAAGUUCAAGGCUGUGCUGGACGAGCUUGCUGGAUACAACAACUAUCUUAAGGAGCUCCUCGAUGGAGAGUACAGCAAACGUCUGGAGGAGAGGACUGUCAAGACUUACCAGGAAAUGGUUCUCGUCAGGAACCAGAUAGAUGACCUCACAUACCUGGUCACCAAUGCAAUCCUCCUCGGCCAUUCCGGGCAUCAGCUCGCGGUGUUAGCGGACACCAAACGUCGGAGCGUUGCUAAUGACUUUGUGGGUAAAGACGAUUCCGUCAACGAAGACAAGCCCCCACAGUAUCACGAGCUUGUGGAAGUGGAGAAAUUGGUGUACAAGGCUGAGGGCCGGAUGAUCAACAUCGUUGACCCGCCUACCAGGGAGAAAGCUGCCCUCGAACGCGUUCGUUCAAUUGGAACUUUCCAAAAACCGGGAACUUUGGAGCCAAAGGUCGCGGUAUUUGUUGAAUGGAAACGAUAUACCAGAAGGUUUGACGACCAGACAGAGGAGCCUGGGCCUCUUUCUGACGAUACGAAGCGGGCGAAAGGACUUGUGACAAUCCUCCAGAGUUCCAAGCUCAAUGCAUUCCAUACACCCGAGUGUCUAGGUUAUUUCGACCUUCGAGACGGCGAAGAGUCUGAUGCUUCAUCUCCGGCACCGAAUCUUUUUGGAAUUGUAUACAAAAUUCCGGGUGCAGUUUCUCAACCAGUUCUACCGACAACCCUGCGUUCUAAGCUUGGGACUCAGCCGUUGCCAUCGCUGAGCGCUCGCAUGAAGCUUGCUCAUCAAAUCAGUGAUUCACUACUGUAUUUUAACUCGGUGCAAUGGUACCACAAGACUCUCAGGUCUGAUGCAAUCCUCUUUCAACCCCACCAUGGGACCGGUCUAGUUGAUGUGUCAACACCACUCCUUACAGGCUUCGAAUAUGCUAGACCAGGAGGUGCCACCAGCACCAAGAUUCCCCCAGAUCCAGCACGUCAGCUGUAUGUGCACCCCUUUUAUCAAAUAGAUCCGAAUGCAUCGUACCAGCGCAGCUACGAUGUAUACGCUCUUGGAAUCAUAUUGCUUGAGAUUGCCUACUGGGAACCGAUCAACCAUAUCCUUGGGCCACUGCUGAAGGACAAAGACGGGCCAACGAGCACUGAGGCGGAAAAUGUUCGUUCAAACCUUCUCAACCCGUCACCUGAGUCACGUAUCUUGCCAGACCUGCGAGGUAUGGUAGGAGAUCGAUAUCACCUGGCGGUUGUCAGUUGCAUUCGAGGUCUUGUUGCUGAAGAUGAGGAAGAGGAUAACAUUGAUGUGAGUAUGAGGCUUCAAGAAGGCUUCAUUCAGAACGUGGUGGACAAUCUGGGGGCUCUGGUCGAUCUGUAG